GGGGGAGGCGGGCGGGCAGCUAGAGAUCACCUCAGCAGCCCCCACCACGGCCGGACCGAAGGUGCGGCGGCGGAGGGGAGCCAGGGCGCCCCAGCAGGUUUCCAGUAAUUAUCUGCAAGAUUCGCCAUGACCCCAGCGCUAAGAGAAGCAGCAACAAAGGGUAUCUGCUUUUCAUCUUUGCCAAGCACCAUGGAAUCUGACAAGAUGCUGUGCAUGGAAAGUCCAAGAACUGUAGAUGAAAAGCUAAAGGGAGACACUUUCUCUCAGAUGCUGGGAUUUCCAACUCCUGAACCUAAUCUUAACACUAAUUUUGUGAACUUAAAACACUUUGGCUCCCCUCAGUCUUCAAAGCAUUAUCAAACAGUUCUUUUAAUGAGUUCUAACUCUACCUUAAAUAAAUACAGUGAGAAUUGUAAACAAAAGAAAAUAGGGGAACCCAAUUGCAAUAAGCUGAAAAAUAUACUGUGUAAUGGCAGCAACAUUCAGCUCAGUAAAAUCUGUCAUUCUCAUUCUGAAGAGUUCAUCAAAAAGGAACCCCUCUCAGAUACCACAAGCCAAUGCGUGUCAGAUGUACAUAUUAUUUUGGAUUCAAAUAUAGCCAAAGACACUAAUGUUGAUAAAGUACAACUGAAAAACUAUAAGUGGUACCAAAAGAAUGUACUUUUAGAUAAAGUUACUGAUGCUGAGAUUAAAAAGGGUUUAUUACACUGUACCCAAAAGAAAAUUGGAUCUGGCAACUCAAAUGUGCCUACAAGUUCCUCAGCUAUUAAAAAAGAAGAAGAAGUGAAUGCUCGUUUACUUCAUUGUGUAAGUAAACAGAAGAUUUUACUUAGCCAGGCUAGAAGAACUCAGAAACAUUUGCAGAUGCUCCUAGCAAAGCAUGUUGUUAAGCACUAUGGUCAGCAAAUGAAAUUUUCUGUGAAACAUCAGCUCCCCCAAAUGAAGAUCUUUCAUGAACCUGCCACAAUUUUGGAAAACACUUUACCUAAAUGCACUGAAAUUAAGCCAGAAGUCAAUAUAUUGACUGCAGAGAAUAAAUUGUGGGAUGAUACAAAAAAUGGCUUUGCACAAUGUACUGCUGCAGAAAUCCAAAGAUUUGCAUUGUCUGCUACAGGGCUGUUGUCUCAUGUUGAAGAGGGUCUGGAUUCUGAUGCAACUGAUAGCAGUUCCGAUGAUGAUUUGGAUGAAUAUACCAUUAGAAAAAAUGUGUCAGUUAACUGUAGUACUGAAUGGAAGUGGCUUGUAGACAGAGCAAGAGUUGGCAGCCGAUGGACAUGGCUUCAAGCCCAGAUUUCAGAGCUAGAAUACAAAAUCCAGCAACUAACGGAUGUUCACAGGCAGAUUCGUGCCUCCAAGGAGAUAGUGAGCUUAGAAGAAUGUCAACUUCCAAAAGACAUUUUGAAAAAACAAAUACAGUUUGCAGACCAAGAAGCUUCUUUAAACACUACAGGGAAUCCUCAGAUUUCCCAAGAAAGUCAAGAUCCCUUACCAGAACAAGAUUUUGAAAUGUCACCAAGUAGCCCAACACUACUACUUCGCAACAUAGAGAAACAGAGUGCACAGUUGACCGAGAUCAUCAACAGUUUGAUCGCCCCUCUCAACUUGUCCCCCACUUCAUCACCCCUCUCAAAAUCCUGCAGCCAUAAAUGUCUGGCUAAUGGCAUUUCCAAAAGUACUUCAGAGAAUAUAGAUGAGCUCUCUUCCUCCAGUAGCUGGUUACUUAACCAGAAGCACAGUAAGAAAAGGAGAAAAGAUAGGACAAGAUUGAAAUCUCCAUCCUUCACUGUUACGAGCACAGCAGCUCGAACAAGGCCGCUUCAGAGUUUCCACAAACGAAAGCUCUACAGACUGAGCCCUUCCUUUUAUUGGACUCCACAGACUUUGCCUUCUUCAAAAGAAACAUUUUUAACUACUACUCAGAUGCCUUGCCUGCAGUCAGCUUCAACAUGGAGUAGCUGUGAGCACAAUUCAAAGUCUGAACUAUUAAGAGAACAUGUAUCAGAGUUAGAUUCUUCUUUCCAUUCUGUUCUGUCAUUGCCAUCAGAUGUGCCUCUUCAUUUUCAUUUCGAAACAUUGUUAAAAAAGACGGAAAUAAAAGGAGAUCUUACUGAAAAUAAAUUUAUAGGCGACUGUAUCAUAUCUCCAUCACCUGUACAUAAUACUUCUUUGAAUCAGUGGAGAAAUGGGUAUUUUCCUACAUGUAAAUCUCAAAUAAAAUCAGAAUCUUCUGCACAGAUGUUACAAGGAAGAAAGAAAAGACAUUUGAGUGAAACAGCAUUAGGAGAAAGAACUAGAUUUGAAGAAUUUGCUUUUCAGCGCACUGAAUCAGGAUCCCAUAACAAUGUUACUGCUGUUACUAAUGUGAAUGUUAUGCCAAGAUCCCAGACUUCAUCAUCACAAAGUACUGCACGACGGAGAUUAAGAAGUGAAAGCUCUUACGACAUAGACAAUAUUGUCAUUCCCAUGUCAUUAGUGGCCCCAGCUAAACUAGAGAAACUUCAAUAUAAAGAAAUACUUACUCCAAGUUGGAGGAUGGUUGUUCUUCAGCCUUUGGAUAAAUAUAAUUGUGGUGAAGAAGAGGUAGAGGAUCUUUCUGAUGAAGCCUUCUUCCUAAGACACAAAAAAUAUGAAGAAAGAGAACAAGCCAGAUGGUCACUCUGGGAGCAAAGCAAGUGGCAUAGAAGAAACAGCAGAGCUUACAGUAAAAAUAUUGAAGGACAAGAUUUGUUUGUGAAAGAAUACCCAAAUGACUUCAGUAAUAAUCAACAUUGUACUGCUGAAAGCCCUGCUGAAUUGCCUUCAGAGAGCCAUGACCUGGGUGUAGAUGGCUUACCUUGUUUAACUGAAAGCCAAGAAAUCAAAUCUUUGUGGUGGGAACGACGGGCUUUUCCACUGAAGGAUGAAGACACAGAUACCUUAUGCCAAGAUGAAAAAUAUAAUCAGACUGGAAGAUCUAGCCCAGUUUUACCUGGUGAAGUUUUCUGUACCAGUGCAUCAGAGAAUAGUCACCAUCCCAAAAGGCAUGCAGAUGGCAUGGACUACAAAACCUUUGGUCUGGGACUUAUUCAAGUUAAAAAAAACAGGUGACAGGGAUCAGAUUAAGAAAAUUAUGUAACCGAAUGGAAAAUAGGCGAGGAGGAAAAAUCCCUGUUCUCCAUCCCCACCUUCCGCCCUUCAGUCACAAUUCCAGAAUAAGAGCAUGUAUGCAUGUAUUUAUAUUUUAUGCUGUUAUGAAACAGGCAAGGUAUUUCUUUUUCCUUCUUGAACAGGGGUAAGUAGCUUUUCACCUACAGACAUGUGCUAGCCAUUUGUAUUUAUGAUACAAAUCACAAGCACCAAAAAUUAACUGCUGCAGUUUGAUGUCAAAUCUCAUUACUGGAUAAAUACAUUUAAAAAGACUUAACACCCACACAUACAUUCACAUACACACAUUAUCUGUACACCAAAUAACAGCUCCUCUAUAUUACUAUACACACAGUAAUUCAUUAAAAUUGCCUCAAAUAUAUAAAUAUACAAGUGUGUAUAAAGUAUACAUACAUGUGUACACACACAAAUACGUAGAUUUUUUUUUAAAUAAAAACACUGGCAGUGACCACUCCACUUGAAAAUGCAUGUAUGAAGUACCCCAAGAAAUGAAAACUGCAGUAUAAAAUAAAGCAAACAGGUUUCUAAUGAUAAUGCACAUAUAAAAGUCUUGACUGUGGAGAGAAAAAAAUAUUUUAAAUCAUACUUAACAGCAGAAGCUAUUUAUGCAAAUUUGUAUACCAGAUAAUACAGUAUUUCUUUAUUUGAAAUCAGUGAAAUCUGCUGGACUUAAACACAGGUUUAUUUACUAUUCAUGCCCAAUAGAGUAAGACAAGCAAAGGGGUGUUAAAUACUGAUGUAGUUAAAAGCUAUCAGUUAUUGAAAACUAGGAGUUUCAUCUGUUUUAUGUAUCAUAAAAAAAAAAGG